AUGCCUUCUCCUCCGACCAAUGACGCUCGGCACCUCCCCGGUGGCGAUGCCUCCGCCAGGAGGACGUCGCCGGCUGCUCGAGGCAUCUCCAUCAGGGACGAACCGGCAUUUACACCCAGGCGGCUCCGAGUCGUGUGUGUCGGUGCUGGGUAUAGCGGAUUGAUGAUUGCGUACAAGUACAAGUACGAAGCUCGGUCGGACAGCUUUGUUGACUUGACAAUCUACGAGAAGAACGGCGACGUGGGCGGGACUUGGUUGGAGAACCGAUACCCCGGCGUGGCCUGCGACGUCCCUGCUCACAUCUACACCUUCUCCUUUGAGCCAAACCCCGACUGGAGCUCGUUCUACGCAGGCGGCGCGGAAAUAUGGCAAUACAUCAAGAGAACGACGGAGAAGUACCACCUCGACGAAAAGGUACAGUUCAACUGCACCGUCACGUCUAGCACGUGGGACGACGAGGCGGGCAAAUGGCGGCUGCGGGUUCGCAAGGGCGACCAGACAAUCGAAGACGAGGCCGACGUGCUCAUCAACGGCUCUGGCCUGCUGAACAAGUGGAAAUGGCCCGCCAUACAGGGCUUGCAUUCGUUCCGAGGCACGCUUCUUCACAGCGCCUCGUGGGACGCCUCGUUUGACUGGACGGGAAAGCGAGUCGGCAUCAUCGGCAACGGCUCGUCCGGGAUCCAGAUCCUGCCGCGGAUGCAGCCCGGCGCCGGCAAGAUCGUCCACUACAUCAGAUCGCCGACCUGGAUAUCCAGCCCGUUCCUGGCGGCCAUGGCGCCCGAGGCAGGGCGCUUCUCCUACUCGGACGAGGACAGGGCGCGGUUCCGCCGAGACCCCCAAGAGCUGCUGCGGCUGCGGAAGACGAUGGAACACGGCUUCAACCAGGCGUUUUACGCGAACCUGCUCGGGACCCCUCAGGAGGCGGCGUCGGGCAGGGCCUUCGAGGCGAGCAUGAGGCGGCGGCUCAACGACGACCCCGAGCUGUGCGAGAAGCUGAUACCGACCUGGAAAGCAGGGUGCAGACGACUCACGCCGGGAGAGGGCUACCUGGAAGCUCUGCAGCGGCCCAACGUGGCUCUCGAGUUUGCGGCGAUAUCCGGCGUCACGGAGACGGGCGUCCACACCGAGGGCGGCGGCUUUCAGGAGCUCGACGCCAUCGUGUGCGCGACCGGCUUCGACGUCGGCUUCGUGCCGUCCUGGGACGUCGUCGGGAAGAAGGGCGUCCGUCUGGCGGACCAGUGGGAGGAGGAGCCGACGGCGUACUUGAGUAUCUGUGCGCCCAACAUGCCCAACUACUUCGUCUUCAACGGGCCCAAUGCGCCGGUUGGCCACGGGAGUCUGUUGUCCGUCAUGGAAUGGACGGCCGAGUAUAUCCUGAGGUGGUGCCGCAAGAUGGCGACGCAGGGCAUCAAGUCGGUGACGGUUGACUCUGUCGCAACCCAAGAGUACAACGCGUAUACUCAGGAGUUCUUGAAGCGGACAGUCUGGGCGAGCGGUUGUCGGUCAUGGUACAAGAACAACCGCCGAGACGGAAUCAUCACUGCAAUGUAUGCGGGGAGCAUUCUGCACUACAAGGAGCUCCUUGAAAGCUUCCGCACAGAAGACUUCCAUUUCGAGUAUCGUGGUGCGAAUCGGUUUGCGUUCAUGGGCAACGGGCUGACCUCGCUGGAGAGGGACGGGGGAGAUUUGGCCUUUUAUGUCGACAAGUGA